AUGAUUCUAACUACCACAGGUCGUCUUGGUCUUGGUACGGCAAGUCCUUCAGCUCCGCUGCACGUCCCUGGCAGCAACCGUUUUGUUUUUGGAGCAGGCGGAACGACAGUGUAUCGCCUCAGAACAGAUAGUGGAGCUACAGAAUCCGCUCUUGGCCCGAUCACAUAUUCAGUAGCGGGAAUAUUCGGAGUAUACAUUGCCUGUACAGCCAUGACGAUGACGAGUGACCGCAGAUUGAAGUGGAAAAAUCAAUCGUGUCCGCUCGAACGCAUCAAAAGACUCUACGAUAAUUGUGAUAGGUGGGCCUCGUAG